AUGUCUGUGGGUAUGCGGGUAUGCGGGUGUAGGCAGGUCCGAUGUAGUUAUGACAGGGGUGGUGGACGUGUUCGUGCAUUUGACCGUGACUUAGUCUUCGGUUUGACCUUCAAACGAGCUCGAACCGGUUGCCUCGAGAGCUACUCUGGGUUGAGAAAGAAAUGGUCUCGCUGUCCCUUCGUUACGACAUGCCUUGCUAAAUAUCCUUCCCUCAAUGUACGCCGUUCUUCGGUGUUCACCCUGGAGGAGGAGGUUUUGUCUUCGAGGUCCACGUGGUCGAGGGCUUUCUGCGACGCCUACAUCUUCGUCCUGGUCAAGGGAGACGCCCUUUUGCGCCACGCGGAUGUCAGUCACUUCCACGACCACGACCCCCACAGCCACGACCCGCAUCCUUACUGGAACUACCAUGCCUUCCACAUGGUUCUUCUUCUCGGGGAGGGCGAGGGGGCGCUGCUCCCCUCCGAGGUCGCCGGCCUCUACAACUUCAGGAAGACCGAAAACCUUCUCGUCCUCCAGCGCGGGCGAGGGGGCGACAUCCUGGCAUGGACGCACCUGCCGUUCUCUCGAGGAGACGCCAGUGUGUUCCUCGUUGACACCUGGAGGGCCGGAAGGUUCCUCAAGGGGCGCGACCUCUUCCCGGAGAAGCUGGACGACCUGCAGGGCUUCCCGCUGCGGGUCGCCACCUUCGAGCACCCGCCGAGCGUCGUGUACCAGCACGACAAGUACGAUCCGCGGAAGGUGCUGGACCGCCUGGGCGUGGACAUGCAGAUCGUGCAGACGCUCGCUCGGGCCAGAAACUUCAGCCUGGAGUUCACGGAGGUGAGUCACGACGAGCUGUGGGGCUACGAGCUGCCCAACGGCACGUGGCUGGGCCUCGUGGGGCAGGUGUUCUACGAGAAGGUGGACAUCGGCGCCUGCAACAUGUUCCUGGAGCUGCACCGCUGGCAGCAGGUCGACUACUCCGUGCCCUACAACUUCGAGCGAGGCUGCUUCGUGGCCCCGGCGCCCAAGCCGCUCGUCAACUGGCAGGCGCCGCUCCUGCCCUUCACCGGCCUCACCUGGGCGUCCAUCGCCGUGGCCUUGGCGGUCUGCGGCGGCCUGCUGUACGCGGUGGUGGCGCUGUCCUCGCAGCCGGAAUUCUCGGAGUUUCGCAGCGUCGUGCACGACUACCUGUACAUCUUGGCGGCCUUCACCAUGCGCUCGCCCCACGUACGGCCGUCGCAGCCGCCCGUCCGCGUCUACGUGGGCUUCGUGUGGCUCUUCUGCCUGAUCGUGGCCACGGCCUACUCGGCCAACCUCGUGGCCUUCCUGUCCUCCAACCAGAUGUCGGCGCCCGUCGACACGCUCGAGCAGCUCUCCAAGAGCGGCCUGAGGAUCGGCGGCGUCGCCUUCUGGAAGACCCAGUUCUCAGCGUCCAUCGACCCGCUCGUGAGGGACUUCUCGAACGUCCUCGAAAGCGACGUGGAGCUGAGCUCCCUCUUUGACCGCGUCGAGGGCGGCGAAUUCGCCCUGAUCGAGAACAAGCAGUACCUGGAGCUGCAGGCGGGCGCGCGCUUCACCUACGGCAGCAGAACCACCAUCCGCAUCGUCCCGGAGUGCCUCCUGCCCUACAGCAUCGGCCUCGCCUUCCAGAAGAACUCGCCCCUCAAGAGAAACUUCGACGGCGUGAUCCUGCGCCUCUUCGAGUCCGGUGUCCUGCAGAAGUGGAAGGAGGAGGUGGUCACAUUCUACCGGCGCCAGUACCCCAGCAGGAAGCUGGACGACGAGUUCACCAACACGCGAGGGAGGCCGCUCGAGCUGACGCAGCUGCAGGGCGUCUUCUUUGUGCUGGGCCUCGGCUACGUAGCGGCCGCCCUGGCGCUGGCGGGAGAGGCGGUCAUCCACAUUCCCAGACACAGCGUGCCCACCCACGAGCCACCGAAAGAGGGUAAAAUAGAUAUUCUCAGCUGCUCUCCGGAUGCGAUACGGGCCAAGGAUAUUAAUCUGAAAGACAUGUCUUGA